GACGCGGGACAUUUUCCCUCCAAUCUCUCAUCGCCAUUUUUACCCUCUUCAAGCUAAAGGUACUCUGUCUCUCUAUCUCUCACUCACAUACAUCAAAGAAUCAUAACUGAAGUGUGAAAUGAAGUUCAAGGCCUUUCUCACCGAUCAUGGAGUUCACCUUCUGGAGAAGAGAUUCCUUCAAGCCCUAGACAAAAUGGGGAAGACAUGCCAUCUUUACUUAACGAAAGAUCACGCUAUUUUCCUCCACAAUCUUCUCAACGGAGAUGGAAUCCAAUCAAUUGCUCAGUUUCAAAAAGAAGCCCUAUUCGAAGACUAUCGGAUCUCAAGCCAAAACGACGAUCGCAUCGCCUUCACCAUCGACCUCUCGCUCCUCCACCGGGCCCUCCGCAGCAUCGUCACCAUUUACACAGAAUUUGGAGGUUCCCACAGUUGCCCUACUCUCAAUCGUCUUCAAAUCAAGUUAGUAAAGAAACUCCCUCCUCAUUCACAGCAACCGAUGCCGUUUCUCACUUUCGAAACCAAGGGCUACAAAUCCGCUGUUAUCCAAGACGUUCCGAUCUCUAAACCGUUAUCUAGAUCUGAUGUUCUCGAACUCCAAGCCGCGCUAGACAUGGCGCAAGAUCUGCCUCAAACCCUAGUUCAAGUUCCUGACAUGAAUCAACUACAGAACUUUGUGGAUCGGAUGAAGAAUGUCGGUGAUGUGCUAAAUGUUUCCAUAAGCAAAUCCGGCGACCUCCAUUUGCAAAUCUCGACUACUUUGGUCACACUUGGAGCAGAGUUCAGGAAACUGGUGGUCAUCGGAGAGCAGGCGGCGGUUCCUGCCGGAGAUGAUAGUCUGAGUGCUCAGACACGUUCGCGGAGGGCAAUUGAGAGGGGGGAUGCGAUGAAUGUUCAAGUAAGCGUGAAACAUUUCUUCAAGUCUCUUCAAUGUCACUUGGCGAAACCAGAUUCUGCUUUCUAUGGGAUUGGGGAACAGGGUUCUUGCUUGACAGUGGUUUUCCAGUUUUUCAUACCGGGUACGCGUCAAACAGAUAAAUCUAUCAGUCUCCAUUGUCGUCUUCCUGUGCUUGACCCUGGUACCAAUUAAGGCCUCCAAGGACUAUUUACAGGAUACAUUAUGUUUAAGUUAUAUGGCUUGUUCUUAUGGCUUUGUUGGCUUUUCCUUGACUUAGGUGAAUCGAGUGUUAGCCAAUUGACAGUGAAAUGAAUUUGUGAAUAUUUUCAGUUUUUAAAUUCUAACACUUAUAAUUUGGCCAUUUGCAUUAAAAGUUGGGUGAUUUUGCUUCA